CUCCAGGUGGACAGGAACGCCAAGGACGAUGACCUCAAGAAGGCCUACCGCAAGCUCGCCAUGAAAUGGCACCCAGACAAGAACCCCAACAACAAGAAGGAGGCCGAGGCCAAGUUCAAACAGAUCUCUGAAGCCUACGAGGUCCUGAGCGAUCCACAGAAGCGGGCGAUCUACGACCAGUACGGCGAGGAGGGGCUCAAGGGGCAGGUCCCGCCGCCGGGCGCCGGUGGGACCUCCUUCUCCGGCGGGGACGGCCCCAACGUGUUCCGGUUCAACCCUAGGAGUGCCGACGAUAUUUUCUCCGAGUUCUUUGGGUUCUCCAGCCCGUUUGGGGGCCCGUUUGGGGGCAUGGGAGGUGGCGGCGGCAUGAGGGGCGGAUCGAGAUUUGGCGGUGGGAUGUUCGGAGAUGACUUCUUCGGAUCGCCGGCGAUGCACUCCCAGCGGCCGCUGAAGGCAGCGCCUAUUGAGAACCGGUUGCCGUGCAGUCUUGAGGAUUUGUAUAAGGGGACUACCAAGAAGAUGAAGAUCUCCAGGGAGAUUGCGGAUGCUAGCGGGAAGAUGAUGCCAGUGGAGGAAAUUUUAACAAUUGAUGUAAAGCGGGGUUGGAAAAAAGGAACAAAAAUUACUUUCCCGGAGAAAGGAAAUGAAGCUCCCAACAUAAUUCCUGCAGACAUAGUAUUUGUCAUUGAUGAGAAGCCACAUGAUGUAUUCACACGGGAAGGAAAUGAUCUCGUAAUGACACAGAAAAUCUCUUUGGUUGAAGCUCUUACAGGUUACACCGUACAUUUGACUACGCUUGAUGGUCGGAGCCUUACAAUACCAAUAAACUCCAUAAUUCAUCCUGGUUAUGAGGAGGUGGUUCCUCGGGAGGGCAUGCCGAUACCGAAGGAUCCUUCCAAGAGAGGAAACCUUCGAAUCAAGUUUAAUAUCAAGUUUCCAACAAGGUUAACUUCUGAGCAGAAAGCUGGAAUUAAAAGACUAUUAGCUCCAUGAAUUCAAUAUGCUGCGGGGCAUCUGAUGCUGUGAAUAUUUGUGGUUGGUUGGGUGAUGCUUCUUGGUUCAAUGUGUUUGUAACGUAAUUAAGAUUUUGCAAUAAGCUUGUCUAUUAGGUUUUGAUCUAGCAUUUAGUCAGUCGAGGAUGGGCAUUCCAUGAACAUAUGAUUGUUUACUUAUAGAAGAAAUUGAAGAAUUAUCGAUUUAUUUCUAGAUGAGUGCUCUGUGGUUUGCUAAAACUGACUGCUGCUUAGAUGGUGACUUUUCAACUGGAUAUGGAUUGCAGAGGUACUUAAUUGUUGAAAA